GCCCGGCGGGGCUGGUGCUGCGUCCGCCCGCGAGUGUUUACAGGAUCCUCAGUCGCAUGGUGUGCGGUACGGCACCCGAGCCCGCGGAGCUGCCGUACCUCCUGGACCUGCCGCCAACCACCGCCGCCGCCGCAGCAGCAGCAGCAGCGGCCGGUGUUGCUGCCGCUGCCUCCUCCGCUUCCCAGCAGUCGCCCGCUCAGGCGCUGCGGGGACCGCAGUGGCAGCACCCCGCGCUGCCGCUGACGUCGCGGCUGCUGGCGGCCUACUGGGUGCUGUGCGAGUGCGCCAGGAGCUGCGCCGCCAUCAUGCUGGAGACCGCCCACGCCGCCAACACAACCACCGGGGCAGCAGCGGCCCAAGCCCACGGCCUCCACGCCUCAACAGCCAGCCCCACCACCAC